AUGGCUGACAGGCAGUGCUGCCGUCGUGAGCACUGCAGCGGUGCUGAAGCGAUAUGGCGCGAAGCAUGUCUGGGCUGGGCACUGGCCCUAUGGGCAUGCUUCCUUGUCGGCGUCUAUGCGAGUUUGCUGACAUACCGCCUGCUCCUCCACCCACUCAAUCGCUUCCCCGGCCCCUUUGCAGCGCGCCUCAGCGACCUAUGGCUGUCAUUGCAGCUAGGCGGCCAUGAUAUGCACCGGCUCAGCGAACAGCUGAGCACGGCAUAUGGCGACUUCGUUCGCGUCGGCUCCUCGACGCUGAUGCUCACCCACCCGCAGGCUGUUGCAGCCAUCCACGGGCCUGGCACUCGCUGUCGAAAGGCUGCUAUGUACGAUUUUGAGCAGCCCAAUCGCGGCAUCGCUACUCGCGAUGUUAGCCUUCAUGCUGCCCGUCGCCGGCUCUGGAGUAAAGGGUUUGGGGAGAAGGCGCUUCGGUCCUACGAGCCCCGCGUGGCCGUCUAUGUGCAACAACUGCUUGCGCGUCUUUCACAAGCCCAUGGCAAGGCCAUUGAUGCAGCCCGACUGACAGAGGCAUUUGCAUUCGAUGCCAUGGGCGAUCUAGGCCUUGGAAGCGACUUUGGCAUGCUACACAGUGCCACGACGCAUGCUGCUGUCGAACAGCUCGUCCAGGGCAUGGCCAUCAUGGGUCGUCGACUGCCCAUGUGGUUGAUGCGCCUGCUUGUCGACAUUGCCCAGUCUCUCGUGCCCACGGAAGCAACGACGGGAUUCCUAGCCUUUUGCUACCAUCAUCUCGACCGCCUCAUGCUGAUGACCGACGUCGAGCGCGCCGAGCGGCCAAGCCUUAUGGCUCCCAUGAUCGCCCACUACGAGCAGCAGCCACCCGCCCAUCGCGACCUAUCGGCGCUUCGCAAUGACUGUCGUUUCAUAGUCAUCGCUGGCAGCGACACCGUUGCAGCCACUCUAGCAUUCGCCAUGUUCUACCUCGCCAAGCACCCCCAUCACGUGCUCCUUGUGCGGAAAGAGCUGCAACCGCUUCGGCCCGCCAGCGGCCCGUACCCCGACCACCGACUCCGUGACAAUGCCCCACAUCUGAACGCCAUCAUUAGCGAAACGCUGCGCCUGCACCCUCCUGCCUCGACCAUCAUGCGCACUACCCCACCAGAAGGCAUCACUGUAGCUGACACCUUCAUUCCGGGCGACAUGACAGUCUUCUCAUCGCAGUAUGCCAUCGGCCGCUCUGAAGCCCUCUACACAGACGCCGCCGACUUUCGGCCCGAACGCUGGCACUCGGAGCCUGGCCUUGUAAAAGACGCGUCGGGUUACGCACCCUUUUCUGUGGGCCACCACAGCUGUCUAGGUCGACAGCUCGCCUCCAUGGAGAUGCGCCUUGUUCUCGCUGAGACUCUGUCACGCUACAGUGUCUCCUUUGCACCCGAUUUUGACUAUGCCUCCUUCCUCGGUCGUGUUCAUGACUGCAUGUCGUGGCACAUUGGGAACUUGGACCUGUGUUUUACUCCACUCAGCUGA